GUUUCCCUGUGGCGAUUUUGGGUUUCCUGUGGUGUAGCCAAGAUGGCGGUUUCCUCGGUAAAGCUCGAAGGAGAUGCUUUGAUGGUUUGUCUGACACACGCGCUCUCUACUGAGAGAGAAGAAGUUAUGGGACUCAUGAUAGGCGAGGCAGAGGAUGGGAUCGCCCAUGUGUACUCAGUUAUUAUGCUACAAAGACUGGACAAGAGAAAGGACAGGGUGGAAAUAUCACCGGAGCAGCUUUCAGAUGCUUCUACACAAGCGGAAAGAUUAGGUUUACUCACACCAAAGAAGAGACCCAUGCGAGUCGUAGGAUGGUAUCAUUCCCAUCCGCACAUAACCGUCUGGCCAUCACAUGUUGAUUUGGCCACCCAAGCGAUGUACCAAGUCAUGGAUGAAGGUUUUGUGGGGGUGAUUUUCUCCUGUUUUAACGAUGAACCAAAUCAUACUGGAAGUCUGACCAUCACAUGUUUCCAGUCAGUGGAUUGUAACAAAAACAAUGGUCCUCCACAGUAUAAGCGAGCCGAAGUAGAUAUGGAAAUUGUCCAAUGCUCAUCUUUCUCAGAAGCAAAUUUGCAAACACUGAUUGGGUUACCAGAAAUCUUAGCCAAGGAAGAAGAGGAAGCCUUUAAUAAAGUAAAAAAUUCUGUUGAUGUCAUCACCUCUGUUUAUAAUGAAACAGUCUUUACCAAAGCCAUUUGUCAGUUGACAGAGGUAAUAUGUGGGCCGCUGAUGCAAGCCUUGGAGAAUAGGCUUGAAUUGAACAAGAGGCGGGCACAACUGCUAAAAGACAAACUCAGGAAGGAGCUUAUGGAACCCCAGGCUCAGGAAAUUUUAUAACACUUCUUGGGUAAUAGAAGUAAAUAUUUUAAUGUAUUAUAUAGAGAAUGGACUUUUGUAAAUAGAUUGAGAGUCUUUUAUUAAUUCAGAUAUUCUUCUGCUUUCAAGUUUUGUCUAAUUGCAACUCUGAGAUUUUUACUUUUGGGUCUGAAAAUAGUUCAGUAUCCAAAGCUUCACAAAUAAAGAAAUCUGAAUGAACCAAA